CAGACCUGCAGACGACCUGGGGUGAAAGCAGCUGCUCCGUCAUUUCCCCCUCCGCCUACGCUAUCUAGUUCGAAAGGGAAUCAAAUCGCGUUGGCACACAUCACCGAUCCGUGUAUGACUUCAAUAGUUUUGAAAAACAUUUUUCAAAUAUCUAAUGCCGUGACAAUUUUGAAGGGAGACAGCCGUUAACGUAUCAGUUUUAACAUGCCUUGUUUAACAUCCACUUGAGAUCCUGUCUGAAUAAAUUUGAAAUUAGGCCUAAUAAUCUGUAUAAAUAUUGGUUAUUUGCCAUUGUUUACAUUUUAAUCAGGUUCUGUGCCUUUAAGGUCCAACGUCAUUAUUCAAACACGCCCACUUUGGGAUCAUGAAUGGUGAUUCGGUGCUAUCUAGUGGCCAACUGAAGUAUUGCACCCUUAAAAAAAAAAAAAAAAAAAAAAAAAAAGCUUUUUGACCCUCCUCCUCUGCCGUACCCUCCCCUCCCUUACCAAAACGUCUUCCUGGACCAAACACACGUGGAUUUCCCACUGACGCCGAGCAGAAACAACAACAACAUGGCGAGCCACGGACUCGACUACGACGGCUGCAAUUUCUUCCGGCAGCGGCUGGUGUUGUCCACGCUCAGUGGCAAGCGCGUGAAGAUCAAGAACAUACGGUCCAGAGACGACAACCCGGGGCUCCGCGAUUUCGAGGCCAGUUUCAUCAGACUGUUGGACAAAGUGACCAACGGCUCCAGGAUAGAGAUAAAUCAAACAGGUACUGUGUUAUUCUACCAGCCCGGCUUGUUGAACGGAGGUUCAGUGGAACAUGACUGCAACCCGCAGCGCUCCAUUGGCUACUAUCUGGAAGCCCUGCUCAUGCUGGCUCCGUUUAUGAAGAACUCUCUGAAGGCCACUCUGAAGGGGGUCACCAACGACCCAGUGGACCCGACUGUCGACCUGUUGAAGUCCACAGCCCUUCCUCUGAUGAAGAAGUUUGGUAUUGAUGGAGAGGGCUUCGAUCUUAAGGUGGUGAAGAGGGGGAUGGCACCGGGUGGGGGAGGAGAGGUACUUUUCACAUGUCCUGUCCGAAGGACCAUCAGGCCAGUCCAACUCACUGAUCCAGGAAAGAUCAAGAGGAUCAGAGGAGUGGCAUAUUCGGUGCGAGUUUCUCCGCAGAUGGCCAACAGGAUAGUUGAGUCUACCAGGGCCGUCCUCAACCAGUUCAUCCCAGACAUCUACAUCUUCACAGACCACAUGAAAGGAGCCAACUCGGGCAAGUCGCCAGGUUUUGGCCUGACAUUGGUGGCUGAGACGCUGAGUGGCUCCUUCUUCAGUGCUGAGAUGUCGUCCACGCCACAGGGGCAGGGAGACCCCAUACUGCCAGAGGACCUCGGUAGGAACUGUGCCAAGCUGCUGUUGGAGGAGAUACAUCGGGGUGGCUGCGUGGAUUCACCCAAUCAGAGCCUGGCACUGCUCUUGAUGACCCUUGGCCAGCAGGACGUGUCGAAGGUUCUGCUCGGACCCCUCUCCCCGUACACGAUCGAGUUCCUCAGACACAUUAGAGAUUUCUUCCAGAUAAUGUUCAAGAUCGAGGUCCAGAAGCCUUUAGAAGACGAAAGGAAAGGAGGAGACAAGGUCCUGAUGACCUGUGUAGGAGUUGGUUACAGCAAUAUUAACAAAACUUUAAAAUAAAAAAAACAGAAUUUUUAUACAAAA